AUGACAUUAUUUAGACCUACCGGAAGAAAAGGUUAUGGAGCCUCUGCCGGUGAAUGUUGGGCAUUUUAUGGAGGGCAUGGAUUUUUAACUAUUGGAUUAUCUGAUCGUAUCAAUGUUACAGCUGUUUCAUACGAACAUUUGCCAAUUGAAUUAUCACCUGAUGGACAUAUCAGUACAGCACCUAAGAAUUUCCUCGUUUGGAGUUAUCAAGAUAUUGACGACAUUUAUUCUCGUAAAUUAUUGGGUAACUUUACUUUUGAUGCUUAUGGAGAUCCUUUAAAAUAUUUUAUGUUCAGCAUUCGGAUCAGCAUUUAA